UAAAGAUGCCGCCGGUGCCACCACCGGCUAGCGGACCAGUAAGUUCUGAGUUUUCAUGGGUGGCGGCACCACCGCCGCCGCCACCUGGGAUGCUCAGUAGCGAGUUCAACUCCAGUACAUUCUCUGGGCCAUACCAAGCCCCCUUGCCACCUCCACACCCAACUGUGGCUCUUGGGUUCAAUAAGAACACUUUUACCUAUGAUGAGUUAGCCGCAGCCACCAGAGGGUUUGAUCAUUCUCUGCUUAUAGGACAAGGUGGUUUUGGGUAUGUGUACAAAGGAAUUCUACCGAAUGGAAAAGAGGUAGCUAUUAAGAGCCUUAAAUCUACGAGUGGUCAAGGGGAGCGUGAGUUUCAGUCUGAGGUGGAGAUUAUUAGUCGUGUGCAUCAUCGACACCUUGUAUCUCUUGUUGGAUAUUGUAUCGCGGGACGACAAAGAUUGUUGGUUUAUGAAUACAUUUCCAACAAAAGCCUUGAUUAUCACCUUUAUGGAAAAGGUUCCCCACUUAUGAAUGGCUCAACAAGGUUAAACAUUGCAUUGGGAGCAGCCAAAGGUUUUGCAUAUCUUCAUGAAGAUUGUGAGCCUCGUAUCAUCCACAGAGACGUUAAGGCAGCAAAUAUAUUGAUUGAUGAACACUAUGAAGCUAAGGUAUCAGAUUUUGGACUAGCGAAGCUUUCAACAGACACCAACACGCAUGUGUCAACACGCGUUAUGGGAACAUUUGGGUACCUGGCUCCCGAAUAUGCAUCCACGGGUAAGCUUACAGACAAGUCAGAUGUCUUUUCCUUUGGAGUUGUGCUCUUGGAAUUGAUUACAGGCAGACGACCUGCAGAUUCAAAUAGUGACGAUGAUAGCUUAAUCGAUUGGGCUAGGCCUAUACUAGAACAAGCAGUAGAGGGUGGAAGCUAUGUAGAGUUGUUGGAUAAACGUAUAGAGAAUAACUAUACACACGAGGACAUGAAUCGAAUGGUGGUAUGUGCAUCGGCUUGCCUUCAAUACUCUGCAAGAAGACGGCCCAAAAUGAGUCAGGUUGUGCGUGCACUGGAAGGUGAAGCUACAUUGGAUGAUCUAAACGUGGGAGGCACGAGUGGCAUGUCAAGCACAGGGAGCUCAGCCGAUUUGACUAAGAAAUACUCUUAA